AGGUGCAGGAUGCAAUGAUGUCUUCCUGUCUAUGGUGGUCUUGGUCUUUUUCAGCUCUCAAUGCCAGGUGUGUGAGAGUACUGAUCUGUUUCCAGAGUUGUGGCACAAGAACAAUGCACCCCAUAAAUCAAGUGGCUCCCUUGGAGUACAGCUAAUGAGGUCCCCCAGGGUCGCACUGGCUGAGCAGGAAGGAAAGGCGAUGACGUGUUAUUUCCACUGAAAAAAAAAAGUUGUCUUGAACCAAAUAUCUAUACAGUUUCAAACCACUGCAUCGGAGAAGGAUAAUGGCACAUUAAGCAAACAGAGAAGUAACUUCAAUCAAGUACUGAUAUCUAUUAAGGCUGCAUUACAGCUAAAGCACAUAAUAGCAGGUGGAGAUAUCGCUGGACCUGACCGAAGAUGGCUGUUGAUUUUGAUCUAAGCUGGAUGAAGGAGCUCGAAAGAGAAAGGGUGCUUGACGUCUUGUAUCGAGACCAGGCACUUCAAAAAUCAGAAGAGGAAAGAAUAAGAAAAUUGAAAACACAUUUACAACAGAUUCGAUGGAAGGGUGCCAAAAGUGCAAGCCAAGAAUACCAAGAGAGGUCUUGUGCUCGCUGCCAGAAAGCCCUCGGAAGGAUUGUGAACAGAGGGGCUGUUUGCAAUGGCUGCAGCCACAGGGUCUGUCAUGAAUGUCAGGUUUGCCGCUACAGUCUGGCAUGGAAGUGUACAGUGUGCAAUGCUCAUGGAGAAGUUAAAAUAAAGACUGGUGAAUGGUUCUUCGAUGAAAGAGAAAAGAAAUUUCCAUGUGCAGGAAAACAUGAAUCAGCAAGUGCUAAGCUUUUGAAAUCCUACCAAAAAUUGAAUAAGAUUUCUGUUGUACCCCCAACACCUCCUCCAUUCUCUGAAGCACCUUCCGUAAGUAGCAUUGAGGAGCUCAGUAAGUCAAAAGGUUUUCAUAAAUCAGUGGAAAACCUCUUCCUAUCUCUCACUACACACGUGAAAAAAAUUUCCAAGUCACAGAAUGAUAUGCUGAAUGACAGAAUGCACCUGUCUACAAAUUACGGCGAGGGUGGGGAAAGAAGAAAAGAAAGGAGGAGCCAUUCUGACACUGCCAUUAAUAUAGCUAGUCAGCUGGAAAAAUCCAUCAGUUUACAUAAUCUUAUUAACAAAGCUAAAGAGGAAGAGCUUCAUUUGAAAAGGACUAGAAGCCAAGAGGCAGAGGAAAGUGAUGGUGCAACGCAGAUGGUGUUCUUUGGCAGUAUGAAGCAGUCUAGCAUGAGCAGCAUCAGCAGUGUUUGUACUGAUGGGGGAAGCAUUGACAAUGGUAAUGUCAGUGGAGAAAUUGAAUUUGCCAUCAAAUAUACUUUGAAGACUUCAACUCUAGAAAUUUCAAUCAAAGGAUGCAAGAACCUAACAUAUGGAGAAGAGAAGAAAAAGAAGUGUAAUCCAUAUGUGAAGACAUACUUGCUUCCAGAUAGAUCGUCUGCUAGUAAAAUGAAAACAAGUGUUAAAAAAAAUACAGUGGACCCAAUAUUCAAUGAAAGUUUAAAGUACACCAUUGAUCAUUCCCAGCUGGAGGCGAGGACUCUUCAUGUGUCAGUGUGGCAUGCAGGUACUCUGAAGAGGAAAGUCUUCCUAGGAGAAGUAACAAUACCUUUGGAAUUAUGGGACUUUGGGGACAACUCCACGCAAUCCUUUCAAUGGUAUCAGCUUAAAGCAAAGCCACAGAAGCAUGAAGAAUAUACAGUACAAUAUCAUGGAGAGUUGCAUCUGAGAAUCAGAUUAGAAAUACCCCAAGUUCCCACAACUUUCCAGUAUGAGCACCAUUCAUCACAAGGUGUAGAAGGUAAACAUUUGGGAACGGUCCAGCUUCAUCUUGUAAUAAAAAGUGCCAAGAAUUUGCCAUUAAGACCAGAUGGAACUUUAAGUCCAUUUGUAAAAAGCUGUCUUAUCCUGCCAAACAAACAUCAAUUAAAGAAAAGGACCCCAGUUCUAAGAAGACAAGCUUAUCCAGAGUGGAAUCACUCCAUCGUUUAUAACAUUAUGAAUCAAGAUGAUCUGAAGAAGUCACGACUAGAUCUUACUGUUUGGGACCAGGGUUUGAAUGAGCUCUUUGUGGGCGGGACCAGUAUGAGCACAGGUGAUGAAUCCAGUGCAUCAAUCGACCACCAAUCUGCCCAGUUAUUAUGGCAGCAACUGCUCAGUACACCCAACACAUGGGUAGAAGAUUCUCUUGCACUAUAUUACAAUAAAGGGUCUUUUUGUUUCUAAAUGUCA